AUGAAUUCACUGAUAGACUAUACUUUGACGAAAUUAUUAGAAAGUGGUGGAAACCAAUUGUUGAGUGAAUACUUGGCUUACCAGCCAAGAGCAAUUGAUUUCACUAACAUGACAGUCAGUUCCAUCACAUCAGGAUCCAAAUUUCCACAAUAUAUUCAAAACGCCACAUCAAUUGCCAACACUUGCUUUUUCAUCCCAAUUUACAUUAUCAUUUGCUCAACCGUAGUCAUGUACUAUUUAAAAUCGAAGGAUACCAUCAUGAGAAACCAGAAAAUCCUCUUUGUUUUGCUCUUCUCCUUUGUUUUCACUCAAUUAGUUGCUUUAGUUUUGAGAUUAAUUUAUAAUUGUACUGGGCUACAUAUUAAUUUGGUAACUCCAAAUAUUGAAAAGGACACUGUGAUUGAGGAUUUAAAGUUGAUGUGGGCUACUUCGUUUAUGGAGAAUGUGAUUUCAUUCUUGCAGAUGAUUCCAUUUUCUAUUGCUAUCAUGUCAUUUAUUCAAAUUAUUUUUUUGAGAACUGUAGAGAGAGCAGGUGCUAUGAGUAAGAAAGCUUACACUAUUAUCUUUUGGUUUGUCAUGGUAGUGACAGUUAUUGCUGUCACUGUUCAAAUCAUUUUGGCUAUUCUCAAUGGUUUGAUCAAUUUAUUAAUCAAAAUUCAAGAAAUCAAGUUUGAUGUCACUCCAAUCUACAUUUCACUCUUCAUUGUUUACAUUGCCAUCAACAUUACUGAAAUUAUUAUCUUUUUGGCAAGUGGCAUUCGUUUAAUUUACGUUGUUAGAAAGAAUUCUCUUGGUGCUUCUCAAGUUCAACAUACCAACACUCUCAGAUCCUUCAUGAACCGUCCAUAUACCAAGAUAGUUGGUCUCAUUAUUGGUAUUUUAAUUUUCCAACUUUGUGCCAUCCUGUCAAUUAUUGUUUCAGUUUUCACAUCACUUUUGAAUGAUGACUUGCAUAUUAUUGACUACUUUUUACAUGGUUUGGGAGUAACCUUAUUCUCUUCCUUUGUCUUGUUUUGCUAUGCUCCAUACUGGACUCAAGAGGGUAAGAAUGCCUCUUCCAGUAACAUGUCAGUUGCCACUCCUCAAAAUCUUGAAUUGAAAGGAGAUCCUUCUUCACCAUCUCCACUUCUUGGACGUAGAAAAUCACAAGUUGGAAAGGAACCUUCCAUACUUCAUCAAUCUGGUUCUAAUAUCGUAGUGACCUCACCAAGUGAAGUUAGUCAAUCAGAAGAAAGUCAAGAAACAAGUCAAAUGGCUUAA